AUGCACAAAAGGACUGGCCACUUCGGUCAGACUGCUCAAACAGCGCGUCUGAAUUUGGCUUGCGUCCGGAAGUGCGUCGUCGUAGGCGAAGAACGGCCCCGAGUCCAUAUAUUUACGAGCUUUUCUAAACUGUUUUCUAGCCUGGGUUUGUCACCUAGGGCCGGCUCCACUAGCUUUGGAUGUCGCAUCAACGUCGCCUAUUUCUGUCGAUCUGUUUACAGGGAGCAUCGAGCAGUGAUCCAUCGACUGUUUACGCCAAUUUGAGGGCUUUACGUAACGGCAGAGUGACAGUAGUGGAACGCGGAGCACCUCACAGUCUGUGUUUGACUGAAGCGGGCAAAUUGCUACCCGGUGUGAAAGUCAUCAUCGACAAUCCGGCCACGAAAGGCCAGUGCUGCGAUACUCACCUGGGUAAAAAUAUGGGUCCACGCUCCUCACAACGCCUCCGGUUAUUUCGCUCUUUACGGAGACUACUCAUUAACAUUCAUUAG